GCUUACACCAAAUGAGAGCACAGAAAUGGUGGCAGGGCUGCUGUAGUGUCUCCGAGUACUGUGGGUCUGCGUUAAUGCUGGUGGGAAACUGAAGGCCGGUGCUUGGGCUGUUGGGUUCAGGGCUUUCGUCUCUGGAUCUCUGAAUGCCUAAAUCUUCAGCAUCGUUCUCACAGUGGAUGGAGUUGAUGGAGUAACCGGUGUCUGAAGAUCCACUCUGUUAUCUGCUGGUGGUUUUGCGGGGGCUAAAUGGAGGAUACGACAGAGACUGCACAGCUAAGGCAACCCAAGGAUGAUGGUGUCCCACGUAAAUGCUCCGGGACUAAGCGCUACAGUGAAGUUCUGAGGGACUUUGACAACUUGGAGCUCUCCUUUGUGAGCAUGUCAGUGGAUGAGCUACUUCAGGAUCCAGACACACUGUCCCUCUCGGAAACAGCUGAUAUCACUUUAGAUGAUUUGACAAAUGAAGAAGAGGAUAAUACAGCAGUCUGCCAGGAUGGGGAGCCAUCGGGAGAGGAAAAAGAAGGCAGUAUGUCAGCCCAGGACGCUGACCUGGCCAUGUGUCGAAGCGAGAGCGGCGUGGAGCUCGCACUGCAGUAUGCCAAGAUGUGGUGCCGCUAUGCCAAGGACCUUCUCACGUGGCUGGACAAGAGAAUCAGCCUGGAGCAAGAGUACGCCAAGAACAUCACGAAAGCAGCAGAAACUGCAAAGUCCUGUGUAACUCAACAGGACAUGAUGCCCCUGCAGUAUAUUUACACCAUGGCCAUGGAGCAGGACAUUAAAACCAGCGCCACCGCCAAACACACCACCGAACUGCUCCAUCAGCGCUGUUACCAGGCUCUGUCAGCCAAGCGCAAUGAGAUUGAUAAGUGGCGUCGGGAGUUCAAGGAGCAGUGGGCAAAGGAACAGAAGCGCAUGAACGAUGCAGUUGCAGCACUGAAGCGAGCUCGGCAGCAGUACCUGCAGCGCUGUGAGGAGCUGGAGAAGGCCAAAGCCAUUAGUGCUAAAGGACUAGAAGAAGCUGGAGGUUCAAAGACUCUGGACAAGAGGAGGAAGUCUCGAGAUGACGCUCAGACAAAGGUGGCUGAUGCUGAAGCAUUAUACAGGCAGUGUGUGUUUGACGCCAACGCCCACCAGGACGAGCUGGAGAAAGUGAAGGAGAAGAUUAUCGUGCACAUUCGAAAACUCAUUUGCCAAGGAGACACGGUGCUGAAAGAGGUGACCGUGAACAUGUUCUACUACCAGAGACAGCAGACUGAGGCGGUUCCUCUAGGUUACCACAACCUGGAGCUGACAUGCAGGCCAUGCGAGCCCGGUGAUCCCUUCCUACAUUACGUCUUCAAAAAGUGUCGUCAUGAGCAGCCGCUCCAAACCUUCGCCUUCCAAGAGUUUAUCCCACAGAGCAAGAGGUCUCCCUCUACGGGGCGGCGUAAAACAAGCAACCCCUUGGCGGCUCUGCAGGACCCGUUGGCCUUAACAGAUGAAACACGGCGUGGCAGCAGUGUUAGUGAUGGAAGGCGCAUUGGCUACAGUGACAGUGAGAGCAUGGGAGGAAGCCUUGAAUCUCUCUCCAGUCCAGCCCAUGGAAAUCGUAAGCUACCCAAAGCCCCCUCUACUGGAACCAUGUCUUCAGACGACCUGGAUGAGAAAGAUAUUAACGCUGAAGCCGAGUGUGGCGAUCCUCUGAAUGACAGCAAUGGUAGCUUCUGUAAAGUACGCACCGCCUCACGUGCCGCCCUCACCCACCGGCUGAGGAAAAUGAAGAGCAAGAUGGUCAAGUGCAAACAGUGUGAAAACUUCAUCUUGGUCAAUGGCAUCGAGUGUGAGGAGUGUGGCCUUGCUGUCCACAGGAAGUGCCUGGAACUUUGCCAGACAGAGUGUGAUCACAGGCGAGGGAACCUGUUUGGAGUGGAGUUUUCCUUGCUGCCCCGAGAGCAGCCUCAGGACGUGCCCUUUAUUGUGCAGCGCUGCACUGGAGAGAUUGAGAGCCGAGCACUCACCGUACAGGGGGUUUAUCGGGUUAGUGGCUCCAAACCUCGGAUACUGAAGUUGUGUCAUGCCUUUGAAACCCAAAAAGACCAAGUUGAUCUUGCCGAGGUCUCUCCUCAUGAUGUCACUUCUGUUCUGAAGUACUUUUUUAAAGAGCUUCCAGAACCUUUACUCACCUUUGACCUUUACAACGACUUCAUUAACAUUGGGAAGGAGAUUCAGCGACUCAGUGAAAAGGACCAUGUAGCAGAAACAGCACAGAUAGUGGAGAACAUUGUGAUUAAUAUCAAACAGUUGCUGGCAAGACUUCCCCCCUGCAACUACAGCACAGUGCGACACAUGAUGGGUCACCUGCACAGAAUAUCUGAAAAUUUUGAGGAGAAUAAGAUGUCUCCUGGGAACCUUGGCAUUGUGUUUGGCCCCACUCUCCUGCGCCCCCUGGUGUCGGGGGAUGUGUCCAUGAUUGCACUUCUGGAAAGCAGCUAUCAGGCCAUGCUGGUGGAGUUUAUGAUCACCAACCAUGACCAAAUCUUUGGCCCUGCUCCAAGAGCCUGCACUCCACCUCCACCUGUACCCACCGCCCCGCUCCCGGAAACCCCACCCAGGGCCUCCUGCCCUGCAGCACAGGAGGGAUCUGACUCACUAGACGGAUCUGGGGCCUCCACUAGAGAACGCCCACGCUCCCUAGAGAGACGCACACUCAAGAGAGACUUAAGCGAGGGUUAUAUUUCUGAUAAGUCAUCGUCCAGUGAAGCAGUGGACCAGCUGAGCGCUGAUGCCAGUGAAAGAGCAGUCCUGGCUAUGAGGAGUGCCAUGACCGCUCCGCGGGGUCACUCAGAGGGGGUUAUAGACCCUCACUCAGGGACCCAGAUGAGGGGUCACUUCAGCAGACAGCCUGUAAAACCCCAAAGGCAUGCAGCUCCCUGUCUGCGCUCAAAGACACCAGAGCAUAUCCUACGCUCUACCAGUCCGUCCAGUAUUACUGGACACUCCCCCCUUCCUCAUUCUCUACCCUGCGAGCCUGAAAGAGGGACACGGUUCAACGCAUCAGCAGCACUUCUAUCCAAUGCAAGGACAGAGAAAGCAGGCCCUCCUCUUUAUCAGAACAACAACCAAUCCAACCACGGACUGACCCGAUCACUCCGGAGACACCCAGCAGAGGAGAGGACUGCCCAGAAGAUUCUGUCAGGACUGAAGCUGAGGCGCAGCAACUCAAGGAAAGGGGAGCAGCUCCAUUUUGUCUGAGACUGACUAGAAAAAGACUGCAGUUGAUGCUGACUGAAGGAA